CCGGGCGCCAUUGGGAGCGUGGCGGUAGCCCGGCGCCGCGGUCCGGCCCCGCCGACCCCGAUGCCCUCUAGUGGCGCCGUGUCUCGAAGCCGCCCGAGGGGACGAGCCAUGGCAGCGCGGGGCUUGGAGGGUGCGCGGCGCGGGAGCGUGCGGCGGGCGGGCGCGCGCGAGGCGCAGGGCGAGGGCCCCGCGGGCGCCAUGGCGGCGGCGCUGCAGCAGCUGCUGGAGCGGCCUGAGCUGGCCAAGCUGCCGCGCGCCGCGCAGGCCAAGCUGGAGAAGCUGCUGGGCGAGCAGCAGGCCGAGCUGGACGCGCUGCGCGGCCGCCACGAGCGCUUCAAGGUGGACAGCGAGCAACAGUACUUCGAGAUCGAGAAGCGGCUGUCGCACACUCAGGAGCGACUCGUCUCUGAGACCCAGGAGUGCCAGAGCCUGCGGCAGCAGCUGGACAAGCUCAGCGGCCAGCUGAAGGCGGUCACUGAGAAAAACAAAGAGCUUGAAGCCGCUCAGGAUCGCAGCAGCGCUGCCCAGAGCCAGUUUACGAGGACAAAGGAAGAGUUAGAAGCCGAGAAGAGAGACUUGGUCAGAACCAACGAGAGACUGUCUCAGGAGCUGGAGUACCUGACAGAGGAUGUUAAGCGUUUAAAUGAGAAACUCAAGGACAGCAACACCAGCAAGGGGGAGCUUCAGUUAAAACUGGACGAGCUUCAGGCUUCUGAUGUUUCUGUCAAGUACCGGGAAAAGCGCCUGGAGCAGGAGAAGGAGCUGCUGCACAGCCAGAACACAUGGCUGAGCACGGAGUUGAAGCAGAAGACGGACGAGCUGCUGGCCCUGGGCCGGGAGAAGGGCAACGAGAUCCUCGAGCUCCGAUGCAGCCUCGAGAACAAGAAGGAGGAGGUCUCCAGGUUGGAGGAACAGAUGAACGGCUUGAAGUCGUCGAAUGAGAACCUCCAGAAGCACGUGGAGGACCUGCUGGCCAAACUGAAGGAGGCUAAGGAGCAGCAGGCCAGCAUGGAGGAGAAGUUCCACAGCGAGCUGAACGCGCAUAUCAAGCUCUCCAACCUCUACAAGAGCGCGGCUGACGACUCGGAGGCCAAGAGCAACGAGCUGAGCCGGGCCGUGGACGAGCUGCACAAGCUGCUGAAGGAGGCUGCUGAAGCCAAUAAGACGGUGCAGGACCACCUCCUGGAGGUGGAGGAGUCUCGAGACCAGAUGGAGAAGGAGAUGCUGGAGAAGGUCGGGCGGCUGGAGAAGGAGCUGGUGAACGCCAAUGACCUGCUCUCCGCGACCAAGCGGAAAGGCGCCAUCCUGUCGGAGGAGGAGCUGGCGGCCCUGUCCCCCACCGCGGCCGCCGUGGCCAAGAUCGUGAAGCCCGGGAUGAAGCUGACCGAGCUGUACAACGCCUACGUGGAGACGCAGGACCAGCUGCUCCUGGAGAAGCUGGAGAACAAGCGGGUCAACAAGUACCUGGACGAGAUCGUGAGGGAGGUCGAGGCCAAGGCCCCCAUCCUGAAGCGGCAGCGGGAGGAGUACGAGCGGGCGCAGAAGGCUGUGGCCAGCCUGUCGGCGAAGCUCGAACAGGCCAUGAAGGAGAUCCAGCGGCUGCAGGAGGACACGGACAAGGCCAACAAGCACGCGUCCGUGCUGGAGCGGGACAACCAGCGGAUGGAGGGCCAGGUCAAGGACCUCUCCCAGCAGAUCCGCGUGCUCCUCAUGGAGCUGGAGGAGGCCCGUGGCAACCACGUCAUCCGCGACGAGGAGGUGAGCUCGGCCGACAUCAGCAGCUCGUCGGAGGUGAUCUCCCAGCACCUGGUCUCCUACCGCAACAUCGAGGAGCUGCAGCAGCAGAACCAGCGGCUCCUGGUGGCGCUGCGGGAGCUGGGCGAGACCCGGGAGCGGGAGGAGCAGGAGACGGCCACGUCCAGGAUCUCCGAGCUGCAGCUGCAGCUGGAGAGUGCCCUGAGCGAGCUGGAGCAGCUGCGGGAGUCGCGCCAGCAUCAGAGGCAGCUGGUGGAGUCCAUCGUGCGCCAGCGCGACAUGUACCGCAUCCUCCUGUCGCAGACCACGGGCGUGGCCAUCCCCGUGCAGGCCUCCAGCCUAGACGAGAUCUCGCUGGUGUCCACGCCCAAGCGGCCGAGCACAGCCCAGGGUGCGUCCACGCCCACGCCAGUGUCCAUCGCCGAGCCAACAGAGGCCGUGGAGGCCAAGGCCGCUCUGAAACAGCUGCAGGAAAUCUUCGAGAACUACAAGAAGGAGAAGGCGGAUCACGAGAAGCUGCAGAACGAGCAGCUGGAGCGGCUGCAGGAGCAGGUCACGGACCUGCGCUCCCAGAACACCAAGACCUCCACGCAGCUCGAGUUCGCUUCCAAGCGCUACGAGAUGCUGCAGGACAACGUCGAGGGCUACCGCCGGGAGAUCAGCUCCCUGCACGAGAGGAACCAGAAGCUCACGGCCACGACGCAGAAGCAGGAGCAGAUCAUCAACACCAUGACGCAGGACCUGCGGGGCGCCACCGAGAAGCUGGCCGUGGCCGAGGUGAGAGCCGAGAAUCUGAAGAAGGAGAAGGAGAUGUUCAAGCUGUCCGAAGUCCGUCUGUCCCAGCAGAGGGAGUCUCUGCUGGCCGAGCAGCGGGGCCAGAACCUGCUGCUGACCAACCUGCAGACGAUCCAGGGCAUCCUGGAGCGCUCGGAGACGGAGACGAAGCAUCGGCUCAACAGCCAGAUCGAGCGGCUGGAGCAGGAAAUCGCGCACCUGAAGAAGAAGCUGGAGAACGAGCUGGAGCAGAGGCACAUGCUCACCCGGAACCUGGACGUCCAGCUCUUGGAUACGAAGAGGCAGCUGGACACUGAGGCGAACCUUCACCUCAACACCAAAGAGUUGCUGAAGAACGCCCAGAAGGAGGCCGCAGCCCUGAAGCAGCACCUGAGCAACCUGGAGGCACAGCUGGCCUCCCAGUCCUCCCAGAGAGCGGGCAGAGGUCAGGCCGGCAGCAGAGACGACGUGGACGAGCUCCUGGGCCAGCUCCGGCAGGCGGAGGAGCAGGUGAACGACCUCAAGGAGCGGCUGCGCACGAGCUCCAACUCCGUGGAGCAGUAUCGGGCCAUGGUGACCAGCCUGGAGGGGUCCCUCAACAAGGAGAAGCAGGUGACGGAGGAGGUGCAGAAGAACAUCGAGGUGCGCCUAAAGGAGUCGGCCGAGUUCCAGACGCAGCUGGAGAAGAAGCUGAUGGAGGUCGAGAAGGAGAAGCAGGAGCUCCAGGACGACAAGAGGAAGGCCGUCGAGAGCUUGGAGCAGCAGUUGUCGGAGCUGAAGAAGUCGCUGGCCGCUGUGCAGAACGAGGUGCAGGAGGCCCUGCAGCGGGCCAGCACCGCCCUGCGGAACGAGCAGCAGGCCAGGCGCGACUGCCAGGAGCAGGCGAAGAUGGCCCUAGAGGCGCAGAACAAGUACGAGCGGGAGCUGAUGCUGCACGCAGCCGACGUGGAGGCCCUGCAGGCGGCCAAGGAGCAAGCGUCCCGCGUGGCGGCUGCCCGCCAGCAGCUGGAGGAGAGCGCCCGCAGGGCCGAGUCCCAGCUGCUGGAGGGCAGGGCCUCCUGGGAGGAGCGCGAGCGCAUGCUGAAGGACGAGAUGUCCAAGAGCGCGUCGCGCUGCGAGGACCUGGAGAAGCAGAACCGGCUGCUGCACGACCAGAUCGAGAAGCUGAGCGACAAGGUGGUGGCCGCCGUUCGGGAGGGCGCGCCAGGCGCCGCCAGCGUCCCACUCAGCGAGGAGGGCAAGUCCCAGGAGCAGGUGCUGGAGAUCCUCAGGUUCAUCCGCCGGGAGAAGGAGAUCGCGGAGACGCGGUUCGAGGUGGCGCAGGUGGAGAGUCUGCGCUACCGGCAGCGGGUGGAGCUGCUGGAACGGGAGCUGCUGGAGCUGCAGGAGAGCCUCAGCGCCGAGAGGGAGAAAGUGCAGGUGACGGCGAAGACGAUGGCGCAGCACGAGGAGCUGAUGAAGAAGACGGAGACCAUGGCCGUCGUCAUGGAGACCAACAAGAUGCUCCGGGAGGAGAAGGAGCGGCUGGAGCAGGAGCUGCAGCAGACGCAGGCCAAGGUCAGGAAGCUGGAGCUGGACAUCCUCCCCCUGCAAGAGGCCAACGCCGAGCUGAGCGAGAAGAGCGGCAUGCUGCAGGCCGAGAAGAAGCUGCUGGAGGAGGACGUCAAGCGCUGGAAGGCGCGGAACCAGCACCUGCUGAGCCAGCAGAAGGACCCGGACACGGAGGAGCACCGGAAGCUGCUGGCCGAGAAGGAGGUGCACACGAAGCGCAUCCAGCAGUCCACGGAGGAGAUCGGGCGGCUCAAGGCCGAGAUCGCCAGGUCAAAUGCAUCUUUGACUAAUAACCAGAACUUAAUCCAGAGUCUAAAGGAAGAUUUAAAUAAAGUAAAAACAGAAAAGGAAGCCAUUCAAAAAGACCUAGACGCCAAGAUAGUUGACAUUCAAGAGAAAGUCAAAACCAUUACACAAGUCAAGAAAAUCGGGCGAAGAUACAAAACCCAGUAUGAAGAGCUUAAAGCUCAGCAGGAUAAGGCCCUGGAGACGUCGGCGCAGGGUCCUGGGGCCCAGCAGGAGCACCAGGCCUCGGCCCAGGAGCUGCAGGAGCUCAGGGAGACGCUGGCCCAGGCCGAGACCAAGUGCAAGUCACUCGAGAGCCAGGUGGAGAGUCUGCAGAAGGCGCUGUCCGAGAAGGAGGCGGAGCUGCGGGGCGCCCAGGAGCAGGCGGGCCGGCUGCAGGCCGAGCUGCAGGACCGGGCCACGCAGGAGGAGCAGCUGCGCCAGCAGAUCACCGAGAAGGAGGAGAAGACGCGCAAGGCCAUCGUGGCCGCCAAGUCCAAGAUCGCACACCUGGCCGGCGUGAAGGAGCAGCUGACGAAGGAGGCCGAGGAGCUGAAGCAGCGGGCCGGGGCCCUGGAGCAGCAGAAGGACGAGCUGGAGGUGCGCAUGACGGCCCUCAAGUCCCAGUACGAGGGCCGAAUCAGCCGGCUGGAGCGCGAGCUGCGCGAGCAGCAGGAGCGGCACCUGGAGCAGCGAGACGAGCCGCAGGAGCCGCCCAGCAAGGCGCCUGAGCAGCAGCGGCAGAUCACCCUGAAGACGACGCCCGCCUCAGGCGAGAGGGGCACCACCAGCACCUCGGACCCGCCCACGGCCAACAUCAAGCCCACGCCCGUCGUGUCCACGCCCAGCAAGGUGACCGCCGCGGCCAUGGCCGGGAACAAGUCCACCCCGCGGGCCAGCAUCCGGCCCAUGGUCACGCCGGCCACGGUCACCGCCCCGACCACCACGCCCACGGCCACCGUGAUGCCCACCACGCAGGCCGAGUCCCAGGAAGCCCUGCAGGCGGAGGGGCCCGUGGAGCAUGUGCCCGUGUUCGGGAGCGCCAGCGGCUCCGUGCGCUCCACCAGCCCCAACGUGCAGCCGUCACUGUCGCAGCCCCUGCUGGCCGUGCAGCAGAGCCAGGCCACCGCCUUCGUGCAGCCCACCCAGCAGAGCCUCCCGCCCUCGGAACCCGCCGGCCAGGAGCUACCCGCCGGCGUGCUGGAGGCCGUGCAGAGCUCCCCGGUCGAGCGCCCGUCCACCUCCACGGCCGUGUUUGGCACCGUUUCAGCCACCCCGAGCUCGUCCCUGCCCAAGCGCGUGCGUGAGGAGGAGGAGGACAGUGUCGUCGAGCCAUCCGACCAGCUCUCGGACGAUGCCGUGGAGAUGCCCCUCUCCAAGAGGCUGAAGAGCGUCACCCCCGUGGGCGCCGAGGAGGAGGCCAUGGCGGAGGAGAGCACGGACGGCGAGGCCGAGACGCAGGGCUACACGCAGGACUCACAGGACUCCCUGGGCGAGGGCGUGGCGCAGGGCGAGUACCCGCCCAUGGAGGUCGGCGAGGAGACCCCCCAGUCCUUGCGCGGGGACCUGGGGCCCCUGCAGCCUGACCAGCAGGCGGCGGCCCAGGACGGCCAGGGCCGGGGCGACGACGUCAUCGUCAUCGACAGCGACGACGAGGAGGAGGAGGACGACGACAACGAUGGGGAGCACGAGGACUACGAGGAGGACGAGGAGGAGGAGGAUGAUGAUGAGGACGACACGGGGAUGGGCGACGAGGGGGAGGACAGCAACGAGGGCACAGGCAGUGCCGAUGGCAACGAUGGCUACGAGGCCGACGACGCCGAGGGCGGAGGCGGCACGGACCCCGGCACGGAGACGGAGGAGAGCCUGGGCGGCGGCGAGAGCGGCCAGCGGGCAGCCGACUCCCAGCACUGUGACGGGGCCUCCCCCGAGGCGGCCUUCGCCCAGGACAUGCCCCGAGAGCAACAGCCGUCCUCCGCCUCAGAGAGGCAGGCGCCCCGCGCCCCCCCGUCUCCCCGCCGGCCGCCGCACCCGCUGCCCCCCCGCCUCACCAUCCAUGCGCCCCCCCAGGAGCUGGGGCCCCCCGUCCAGAGGAUCCAGAUGACUCGCCGGCAGUCUGUGGGACGCGGGCUCCAGCUGACCCCGGGCCUCGGCGGUGUGCAGCAGCACUUCUUUGACGACGAGGACAGGACCGUCCCUAGCACCCCGACGCUGGUGGUCCCUCACCGCACGGACGGAUUCGCCGAGGCCAUCCAUUCCCCGCAAGUGGCCGGUGUCCCUCGAUUCCGGUUCGGGCCGCCCGAGGACAUGCCGCAGACGAGCUCCAGCCACUCGGACCUGGGCCAGCUCGCGUCGCAGGGAGGUCUGGGCAUGUACGAGACGCCCCUCUUCCUGGCCCACGAGGAGGAGUCCGGCGGCCGCAGCGUCCCCACCACGCCCCUGCAGGCGGCAGCCCCAGUGAGCGUGUUUGCCGAGAGUGCCGACGCCUCCGAGCCCGCCUCCCAGUCCGUGCCCAUGGUGACCACGUCCACCGGGCCCCUGUCCUCCAGCCACGAGAGCCCGGCCGGCGACGACGGCGACGAGGUCUUCGUGGAGGCCGAGUCCGAGGGGCUGAGCUCCGAGGCCGGCCUGGAGAUGGACAGCCAGCAGGAGGAGGAGCCCGCGCCCGCCUCCGACGAGGCCGACCUGCCCUCCACCAGCCAGGACCCCCCGUCCAGCUCCUCCGUGGACCCCAGCAGCAGUCAGCCCAAGCCCUUCCGGCGUGUCCGGCUCCAGACCACGUUGAGGCCCGGCGUCCGAGGCCGCCAGUUCAACAGGCAGCGAGACACAGGCGCUGAGAAAGGCCUCUCUGGGCCACGGUGGGGGCUUGUGAGCCAAACCAGUGACCCCCACAGCCGCACGCCGUCUCCGCCCGUCUGGACUCCAGGAUUCCUUCCGCUCCUGAGCUGGACGCUUCUCAGAUACGGCAAGCCCCACCCACGGUCGCUAGAGCUAGGCUCAGAGCACUGAGCUGAGGGUCAGGAGCAGCUUGAAG